CGGCUCCGCUGGGGGCGGGGCGGCAGGCGGCGGGCGGGGCUCUGUGCGCCUGCGCGGUGUCGGUACCGGCCGCAACCUCGCGCCGGCAGCAGCUCCGCGAGCGGAUCCGGAGCCCGAGCGAGGGACACGGGCUGAGGCUGAGGCUGAGGCUGCGGCCCCGCCCCGGGGCUCCAUUGUUGAGGCGGCCGCGGCUCGGUCGGCUGCUCCGCCGCGCUCCAUUCGGCCCAGGCGCCGCGGCGAGGAGCGAGCGCUGCGAGGCGGCGGCCUGAGCAAUGGAAGAGUUAAUAGUUGAACUUCGUCUCUUUCUUGAACUCCUGGACCAUGAAUAUCUAACCUCAACUGUCAGGGAGAAAAAGGCAGUGAUAACCAACAUUCUGCUGAGGAUACAGUCAUCCAAAGGUUUUGACGUGAAGGACCAUGCUCAGAAGCAGGAGACUGCCAACAGCCUACCGGCCCCUCCUCAGAUGCCCCUGCCGGAGAUCCCUCAGCCCUGGCUGCCUCCUGACAGUGGGCCUCCACCAUUGCCAACAUCCUCCCUCCCAGAAGGUUAUUAUGAGGAAGCCGUGCCGCUGAGCCCCGGAAAAGCUCCAGAAUACAUCACAUCAAAUUAUGACUCGGAUGCAAUGAGCAGCUCUUAUGAAUCAUAUGAUGAAGAGGAAGAGGACGGGAAGGGGAAAAAAACCCGGCACCAGUGGCCUUCUGAGGAGGCCUCCAUGGACCUGGUCAAGGAUGCCAAAAUCUGCGCCUUCCUGCUGCGGAAGAAGCGCUUCGGCCAGUGGAGCAAGCUGCUUUGCGUCAUCAAAGACACCAAGCUGCUGUGCUAUAAAAGUUCCAAGGACCAGCAGCCUCAGAUGGAACUGCCUCUCCAAGGUUGUAACAUUAUGUACAUCCCGAAAGACAGCAAGAAGAAGAAGCACGAGCUGAAGAUUACUCAGCAGGGCACGGACCCGCUUGUUCUUGCCGUCCAGAGCAAGGAGCAGGCCGAGCAGUGGCUGAAGGUGAUCAAAGAAGCCUACAGUGGCUGUAGUGGGCCCAUGGACUCAGAAUGUCUUCCUCCACCCAGCUCCCCGGUGCAUAAGGCAGACCUGGAGAAGAAACUGUCUUCAGAGAGACCCAGCUCAGAUGGGGAGGGUGUGGUGGAAAAUGGAAUUACCACAUGCAAUGGAAAGGAGCAAGUGAAGAGGAAGAAAAGUUCCAAAUCAGAGGCCAAGGGCACUGUGUCGAAAGUCACUGGGAAAAAAAUCACCAAGAUCAUCAGUCUGGGGAAGAAAAAGCCAUCCACAGACGAGCAGACCUCCUCAGCUGAGGAAGAUGUUCCCACGUGCGGCUAUCUGAACGUGCUCUCCAACAGCCGCUGGCGGGAGCGCUGGUGCCGAGUGAAGGAUAACAAGCUCAUCUUCCACAAGGACAGGACCGACUUGAAGACCCACAUUGUGUCUAUCCCCCUCCGUGGCUGCGAGGUUAUCCCAGGUUUGGAUUCAAAACAUCCUCUGACGUUCCGGCUGCUUCGCAACGGCCAGGAGGUGGCAGUGUUGGAGGCAUCUUCUUCUGAAGACAUGGGCAGGUGGAUUGGGAUUUUACUUGCAGAGACGGGGUCGUCCACAGACCCGGGAGCUCUGCACUAUGACUACAUUGAUGUGGAAAUGUCUGCAAAUGUCAUCCAGACAGCCAAACAGACCUUCUGUUUCAUGAACAGGCGUGUUCUGUCUGCUAACCCGUACCUAGGGGGCACGUCCAACGGCUAUGCCCACCCCAGUGGGACGGCGCUUCAUUACGACGACGUCCCGUGCAUCAACGGCGCGUGGGAACCGGAAGAUGGCUUUCCUGCUUCCUGCAGCAGAGGCUUGGGAGAAGAGGUGCUUUAUGAUAACGCAGGCCUGUACGAUAACUUGCCGUCUCCGAAAAUCUUUGCCCGCUACUCUCCUGCUGACAGAAAGGCCUCUAGGCUGUCUGCCGACAAGCUGUCCUCUAACCAUUACAAAUACCCUGCCUCCGCUCCGUCUCUCACUAAUACCUCUUCUGUGGGGAGGGCGUCUCUCGGGCUCAACUCACAGCUCAAGGGUAAAAAGCCUCCAGUGGCAUCUAACGGAGUCACAGGAAAAGGGAAGACUCUGAGCAGUCAGCCAAAAAAAGUGGAUCCCGUGGCUGGCGUGAAAAGGACGGCUUCAAAUGCUGCCCAGUACAAGUACGGCAAGAACCGGGUAGAAGCAGACGCCAGGCGGCUGCAGACCAAAGAAGAGGAGCUGCUGAAGAGGAAGGAAGCCUUGCGGGACAGGCUGGCCCAGCUCCGCAGAGAAAGAAAAGACCUCCGUGCCGCCAUGGACGCUGGCGCCGGCAGGAAGCCGCAGGCGGUCCUGGAGGAGAAGCUGAAGCAGCUGGAGGAGGAGUGCCGGCAGAAGGAGGCAGAGCGCGUCAGCCUGGAGCUGGAGCUGACGGAGGUCAAGGAGAGCCUGAAGAAGGCACUGGCGGGCGGGGUCACCCUGGGGCUGGCCAUUGAGCCCAAGUCAGGGACAUCGAGUCCACAGUCUCCAGUGUUCAGGCAUCGGACUCUGGAAAACUCGCCCAUCUCCAGCUGUGACACCAGUGACACUGAGGGCCCCGUGCCGGUGAACAGUGCAGCUGUCCUGAAGAAGAGCCAGGCGGCCCCGGGCAGCUCCCCCUGCCGAGGACACGUGCUGCGGAAGGCCAAGGAAUGGGAAUUGAAGAAUGGGACAUAGGGGACAGCAGGACCGCUCCAGCCUCAGAGACUGCACACCCCCUUGCCUGUGUCCUCAUCUGUGUGACGGCAGAAUCCUACCUAGAGCAGCCUCCGCUGCACGACGCCAGAGGCUUCAGGACUGAGCACCAAGGCCAGCGCCUCUCGCCCAGGCCCUCUUGUGCUCUUUCUGCUGCAUAUUGGCGCCUUUAAAAAAGAUUUCCUUGUAAGAUUCUGGUUUCCAACUUUACUUGUUAAAAAACAAAAACAAAAGUGAUGGAAAGGUGUUUGAAAGGGUGCUGUGAGGAGAAGUGACAUCUUUCUAACCAGUUAAGCCAUUGCUUUCACCGAUUCCAGCCCAGCCCCGGACUGAGGGUGGAUGGAUCCGUGAGCCCUGAAUGAAACCUUGGAUUUUCUGCAGAAGAGUUUGGAUCCCUGGCUGCUCUGGGCAUGAGUGUGGCUGGCACGUGGACACUCGGCUUGCACCACCAGGAGGGCCAGGGGCUUACGCAGCCCUGAUGUGGACUUUGGGUGCGGGCAUCCCCUCCCCACCUGCCCAUCCUCCUUGGCAUCAGCGGUAAAGACAUGAGAAAAUCGCGCUGUGAAACGUUUUUUACCUUUUAUUAUUUUUUUGGACAGAUGCUUUUGUCACCAAGACAUGAAAAGCUGCCCUUUUUCUUAA